CCCCCCGGCUCUGCCCCGGCCGCCGCCGCCCGGGCCUCCCUGCCUCCCGGUUCCUCUUCUCCGCUGCGCUCGCUCUCGUCUCCUGCUCGGCCCAAACCACAUCCUGCAGCCGCGCUCCGGCAGGGUCAUCCGCGGCCCCGCGCGCCCGCGUCCGCGCAGGAGUGGCCCCGCCGGCGCCCUCCGGAGUCCACCCUCCGCCGGGUGCUGGUUGGGCAGGCGGGGACCCGGCCCGGCGGAAAGUUCUCGGUGCCUGGAGGAAGUUGAGCCUUUGGAAACUCCGAGCGAGCGACUCCGGUGGUGGCCUCCAGGGUCCCGCGGCCAUGGAGGAGCCCCCCGUGCGAGAGGAGGAGGAGGAGGAGGACGACGACGAGGAGGGGGACGAGGCCGGGCCCGAGGGCGUCCUGAGCAAGAGCCCCUUCCAGCUGACCACCGAGGACGUGUACGACAUCUCCUACGUGGUGGGCCGCGAACUGAUGGCCUUGGGCAGCGACCCCCGGGUGACCCAGCUGCAGUUCAAGAUCGUCCGCGUGCUGGAGAUGCUGGAGGCGCUGGUGGAGAAGGGCAGCCUGGCCGCCGAGGAGCUGAGGAUGGAGAGGGACAACCUCAGGCAGGAGGUGGAGGGGCUGCGGAGAGGGGGCCCGCCGGCCCGCGGGGAGGUGAACCUGGGACCAGACAAAAUGGUGGUGGACCUGACGGACCCCAGCCGGCCGCGCUUCACGCUGCAGGAGCUGCGGGACGUGCUGCAGGAGCGGAACAAGCUGAAGUCCCAGCUGCUGGUGGCGCAGGAGGAGCUGCAGUGCUACAAGAGUGGCCUGAUUGCACCAAGAGAAGGCCCAGCGGGAAGGAGAGGAAAGGGUGCUGGGGUUACCAGAGCCUGCAGGGCCAACAGCAGCAAGGAGGAGAAGACCAUCAUGAAGAAGCUGUUCUCUUUCCGGUCGGGGAAGCAGACCUAGCUCGACGGCCAUGACCUCUGACCUCAGACUUGAAAAUGCCCAGAUGCCUUCCAGACCUUUCCCCGCUGCACUGUGCUUGCUGAUUUGCUUCCGAGGAAGGAGCCGAGGUUCCCGCAGGCUUACUUUCCCCCGGCUGCAGAACUGAACACCCUGGAACCUCUGGCCAGGGCAGGAGAAGCAGCACCAAGAAGUCCCGAAAGCAGGAGUGUGAGAUGAGCCACCUCCUGCCUCCAGCGCCUGCGGCGUGCCGAGCCCCGUCCCUGGUGUCCCAGGUCUUCAACACGUGGCAAGGGAGGCGGGAGAAAGGUGUUGACUUCCCAGUGGUGACCUCCCUGGUACUUCAUGAAUAUUUGAUUCAGCUCAUGUGACUUUCUUUAUAAGAUUUUAUAUUAAAGUUAAAUGACUUUUGUA